AUGGUUACGACUCGCUCUUCAGAUCCCCUUUCGAUCAAAUCAGAAACCUCGCCGUCGCAGGAUAUUGUGGAGAAGUUUAUUCAGCUACUGUCGAAAUCCUUCACUUCUGUACCGCUGACGACCGCAUUCGUGUCAGAGAUCGACCAAGUCCCACCCAGCAGUAAUCACAAAACCCUCACAUCGGAGCGGCUACAUAAGCACUUCUCUCUGGGCAUCCCGGCAGCAGCCAAGGCAAACAUUUUGCUCCUGCACGAUGACGCCUUCAAUGCUGCUGCGCUGAUUGAACCGCCUGAUUUCUGUGGUGUCCCACCAUCCCAAGCACGCCGAAACCCAGGUCCCAUUCUCACCGAGUGGCGAACCAUAGCGAGAGAACUCAAAGCCAAGCAUUUGGCUUUACCUGACUCGGGACCGCGAAGUUGGGACACCCCCGCCGCGCCUAGUCAGUCUUCUGGCGGACCUUCGGAAGAUCCCUACCCGUCGAACUUCAAUAAGGAUGCCAGCGUCGAAAUACGUCCCUUCUACCACAUUGCUCUGGCCACCAAGGACCCAAGCCUUGACCCUGCUAAGCAGGAAGCUGCGUUCAAAGCUCUUCUGAGUCCUAUUCUGGAGAAAGCCAAGGAAGAAGGGGUGCCGGUGUGGGCCGAAGCGUCGCUCGCAGAGAAGAAGGACGAAUACGAGAAACUAGGUUUUCGCGUGGCAGAAGAAGUCACUGUAGGCAAGGGAAUGGCUUCGGAGCAGGGCUGGCCUACGGAGGGCGGGACCGGCGUGCGUUGUUGGGGCUUGAUUUAUGACGACCACAUACAGUGA